GAGCGUCGAGUGCUGACCCUGAAGGCCGACUCGCGCCUCGAGUUCACGUUUUGCCUGGCAAGGCAGAGAGUGGGCGCCGGUGGCGCCGAGUGCUCGCUGGCGCCCCUGGUGCCCCACAUGCGCGCCCUGCUCGGGCACACGAGCCCGAGCGUGCGGGCGAGCGCCGCCGUGGUGUGCGGCACGUGGGGCUUCGACGCCGAG